AUGUAUACAUCAAAACUCUUAACUCUUCAACGAUCAAUUUAUCAACUGUCUCAUCGUUUAGCAGCAACCCAUCCAUUUCCUAAUGAAGAUCUUCUAUAUACAAUCAAGGCACCUAAUGACCAUAUACGAUCAGCUCUCUAUCCAUUAAAUUCAGCUGAUUAUCCAAAACAAGUGCUGCCAGAUUUACAUCUGAUAAAGAUCUUUCGUGAUAUUGAAUUAUUGAAAGAGAACUGUGAACAACGUAAUUUAAUGGUCGAUAUCAAUCAACUUGCAUCAGAUUAUCAACGUUGGCAAAAAGAAAAGAAAGAAUAUAGACGUUUACGUGAUUUACAUCAUGCACAAGAAAAUCUACGUGAACAAAAGCAAGCCAAUGAUUUAACAAUGACAGAUAUUAAUGAAUCAGACACAAAUAAAAGCAAAAAACGAAAGAAAAAAUAUCAACCCGAUAGCAAUACAUCGAAUGAGACCAAACCAAAACUAGCGACUGAAAAUCUUGAAAUCCAGCAUGCAUCCGAAAUGAUUACGAGUGUCGAUAAUGCUUGGAUUGAAUCUAUCGCUCAUUCAUCAGCACUACCAAAUGAAUCGCUAUAUGCUCGUGGCGAAGCGAUGAUGACUGAUAAAGAAUUUCAUUCUUUAAAACUUCAUUUCGAACAAUUUCGUCAAAAGUUUCGUUUAUUUGAUCAACGAUUUAUUGUUGCAUGUCUUCAUUUGCCAGCAGCCCAACAUAUUGCCGUACCAGCUAAACCACCCGAGGGCAUAACUAUCUAUGAAUCGUCGAUACCUAUUGUUAAACAUGCGUUUAAUUCGAAAUCGUGGCAUGAAUUAUGUCAUGUAGAAAAAAGUGAUGUAUCAAUAUUUGGUCCUUAUUGGCUUGGUGUAGCGCCAUUACGUAAACAUGAAUUUGUUCAUUUUAUAUGCACCGAAUUAUCAAAAUUAGGUUUUCAAGAAAUGUCAUCCAUAAGUAUGACAAAACCUUUUAUAUAUGAAGCAUUGGGUGCGAAUAUAAAUGAAAGUCGUCAUAUUUUAACAACAUUUGAAAGUGCUGACGAUCCACGAUCACGUUCCUUAAUAUCAUCCGGUUUAGGUUCAUUAGCAUCCAUACUUGUACCAUUUGUUCGUCGGACAUUUUUACAAACAGAUUUACCCUAUUAUGUUUUUACGUCCGGUGCAAAAUAUGAUGUUAAAAACGAGCAAACGUAUAAAAUUCAAUUAUUAGCAAUGACUACUAUUCGUGAUACACAUUUGAAAAAUUUUGCUGAUCCACUAUUGGAUAAACAGAUAACAGAUUUAGAAAUUCAACCGUCGAAUGUAUCCAUUGAACGUGAGCAUGAAUAUAAUUUAAAUUUAAAAAAUAGCUUGACAAAUAAAAGUCCUUAUCGUUUUAAACAAACAUCGAGUUUAGAUGAACUUUUUCUUGAAUUAACACGUUUAAUGUAUAAUUUAUAUGAUAAAUUUCGAAUACCGUUUCGUAUCAAUAAUGUUUCAUCAGGUAAAUUACGUUCUUAUGAAUCAAUGAGGCUGGACUAUGAAUUAUUUUUACCAAGUUCAAAUUCUUAUGUAAGCGUUGGAAGUAUAUCAUUAAUUGGUGAUUAUUUAAGUAGACGUUUAAUGAUACGACAUAAAAAGGUUAAAGAUGAAAAAAAUCCUAAUAUUAAAGAGGAAUCUAUCAAUGGCAAUGAUUUACCAAGAGAAACUAAAUAUAAUUAUGUACAAAUGAUACAUGUACAAGUUGUCGAUGUGGACCUGCUAACAAAAUGUUUUGUUGAAAAAGAACAAAAAGGUUUCUCAAAAGAAGCUUUAUCAAAAAGUUAA